UUUUUCAUGUAUGUUAUGUCAAUCUUCAUAUUCGGUCAAUUUUUGCAAAAUCUGCAUUAUCAUUUCAUCAUUUUUCUACGCUUAAAUUAUCGACUUAUCUUAUUUUCGACUAUCAAACAACACUCUUUCUUGGAAGAUGAUGGCGGUAAUCAAGACCUACUCGGCCACAAUGAAAGCAAAUGGUCGGUAAAAAUUCAUACUUGAGUUGCACCCAAAAUUGACCAAGUUCCGCACUGAUCGCCAUGAACUGGGAGCGCAGAGGUUUUGUAAAAUCAAUGAGAGCAAGCACUUUGACAAAGCGCUCCUCCGUGUCUCUUGCCGCAAAAACAUCUGCCUCCAAGACCUGACCAAUAGUUCCAGUUGCGAACUUCCGGCCAAACUGUCUAUUGUAAACAUUCAUCUCUGACAUUCCAGAGUUGCACACGGAAGGGAGCAAUGGCCAGCUCAUCAAACAUAAUUUUCGAGAUAGAUGGAACCUAGGAUCGAAGAUGGAAUAUCCUGUCUUUGACAAUCCAUGGUGAAAGGGUUUGAGAUGGCAAGUUGGGAAUGGCCAAUCGGUCGCCCUCCUUCAUGAUAAUUGGAUUCCUAGUUGCCAAUUUGAUCCCCCAAGCUAUAGUCCGCGGAUCCUGCCAGAGGGGGGGUACCCCUUGGUGGCGGAGGUUAUUUGUGAGGGAGGAGGGAGGUGGUCUGAUGAGAAGCUCAGUCAAUGGUUUGACCCACCUACCUGUAAGGCUAUUAAAGCGAUUCCUCUCCCUUGUUGGGACGUGAUGGAUAAGCUUCUCUGGCAUUUUACGGGCGACGGGGUCUUCUCGGUUAAGUCGGCCUAUCACUUGGCUGUUGAUUUGGACAGGAGGAGGGGUGGGUGGCGAUCCUCGGUUAGCUGGAUGGAUAAGCCGAGUUGGAUUAGAGUUUGGGAGGCGAGGAUUCCCCCGAAGCUGAAGGUUUUUGUUUGGCAAAUUCUUAAUCGGGCUCUGCCGACGAUGGAGGCGCUUAUUGAGAAAAAGGUCCAGGUGCUACCUCGGUGUCCAGUUUGUUGGGAUGCCCCAGAGACAAUGGAACACCUGUUCCUUUAUUGUCCGGUUGUCCGGGCCCUCUGGGAUUAUUCUGGUCUGGAGUACUUGGCGGAGGGUUUGCCUCGGCAUACUUUUCCGUUGUUUCUCAAACGUCUGCUGGGUUUGAUCCAUCAGCCGACAGUGGUUAUGGCUGUUGUUGCCAUCCUUUGGAGGAUCUGGCGAUCUCGGAAUUGGGUAGUCUUUGAAGGCAAACAAUUUGGGAUCUCAGCACUCAUGCGCCAGUUUAAUCAGCAGUAUGAGGAAUGGACGGACCUACCAUCGGACCAGGUACCGAGGACACCGAUCCCGUUAGUACAAUCUACAUCACAAGUGGGAGAUUCUCAUUUGGUUUGUAUGUGGGAUGGAGCUACUAAGGGUGGGUCACAUUCGGCUGGUGGGAUGGUUCUUUUUGACCCAGCGCGGACACUCCUUCUGGCUAGAGGGGUUCAGUUUGCUCACAUGGAUGAUCCUGGAGUGGUGGAGUUGCUUGUUCUGAGGGAUGCUAUUAUGUGGUGUAUUGAGCAAGGUUUGUCGGAGGUCCGUUUUGAGGGCGAUGCAAAGGUGAUUAUUGACAAACUUAAUCAAGCCGACACGAGAGAUAGUCGGUUGGGCGCUGUUCUGGAAGAGGUUGCUCAUUUUUUGCGUACUCAGCCUGGCUUUAGUGUGCGUUUUGUAGGUCGGGAAAACAAUAGAGUAGCUCAUUUGGUAGCUAGGAAAGCCCUCUCUUUGUAUCCGACUAUAAGUCGCUUCUUUGAUUUCCAGACCUGGCUGGUUUCCAGGAUGUAACUGUCUAUUUUUUCGAUCAAUAUAUGAUAUCUUUUGGC